UCAAUGUACAACUUGAAAAGGGAAGCCAUCCCAGCCACGGAUUCCCGUUUCGCGAAUGGCAUAUGCCCGCGGCAUUUAUAUUCAUUCUCCUUUUAGUUUUUUCGCCUUCUAACUGUUUUGCUCCGCGCAUCCUUCAUCGUUUUCUCUCACUCAUCCAAAUUUAUCUUUGAAAUCAAAGAUUCUUUUGUUAUAUUCUGGAAAAUUCAGGCGGCUGUAAAUAGUUUAGGCUGUAGAUUUAUUUUUUUUUCUUCUUCUUUUUCUGUUUUGCUGUACAGAAAAAUAAACAAUCGCUAUGUCUGGAGGAGGAGCAGGAGCAGUUGAGACCGUCGAUCUCGAGCUCACCAACGAUCUAGCGAUCCGAGAUGAGACUAACGUGGAGGAGGUUAGCCAAGGGGGCAAUGACGCCAACAGUCACAGCUUUUGCGCUAUAUGUUUAAAUAAGAUAGUGUUGCAAGAUAUUGCACUCGUAAAAGGUUGCGAGCAUUCAUACUGCAUAAAUUGCAUCCUACGGUGGGCAUCUUGCAAGAAAAACCCAACUUGCCCUCAGUGUAAAUGCCCGUUUGAGUUCCUUAACAUCCACCGUGGUCUAGAUGGAAGAAUCCAUGACUACAUGUUCGAGGAGAGCGUCUGUCUUCUCCUAAGGGCUUCAUGGUUUAAACCUGUAGUUGAACUGGAGCAAGAAGAGACCGCAGCUGCAGCUGCCGCCGCUUCCUCUGCCAUGGAUGACAUGGAGGACUAUUACUAUGACCUCUACGAGGAUGAACUUGAUAGCAAUGUCGGUGAUAUAUACCUCCUCCGUAGAUCCCCAGGUCUCCGCAUUGGGAAUCGGAGGUGGGGCGACAACGGCUAUGUCCGAGCAGGACGGCAAGAAGCAAGGCCUGUCGUUCGUUCCACCUCUCCUGACCCAACCUCUGCCGGCUCCUCCCAACCGAAUAAACAGACCACUUCUAAAGAAGUUGUCGGCCGCCGUGCAAAGAGGGCUUUGAAGCGGGAAGCUGCCGACAAGGCAGCGGCGGCCAAGCAUCAGCAGCAUCUUGCCAGGUUUGGCCGGAAGUAGUAGUAGGUCUGUCGUAAGACACUCUGAACUAAAGGCAAAAGCGCCAUUUGUCUCUGUACAGUAUUUUCUUUAGUAGAUUAAAUAAGGUGCUUUAGACCAAAGCAGAUAAUGGGUUGACCGACAAUUAGUUUGUCAUUGUGUGCUGUAGAUUUUCUUUGCAUACAAAUUCUAUCUCCAUUCUUUUAACCACAUUUCUUAUUUUGUGUUU